UGCCGGUUUCACGACAACUUGGCCCAGUUUCCGGCUCUCUGACGUCACAGGUCUUGCUCAGCAGAAGAGCAGCUGGUCGUAACUUGUGGCUGCGGAUGUGCAGCCCGGGAUUAACCUCGAAACUGAUGGUAAACGAACACCGUCAUGAAAGAGAAUGACACGGAUGACAAAGAUGAUCAAUGGGCUGCCGGUAAAGACGAUGAGGAGGACGUCCCCAUGAGCCGCAGUUUCUCGGUUGAAGACCUCCUCGAUGAGGUGGAGAAGAUCUGUUAUGAUGCUUCAGGGAAUACCAAGGCGGAGAUGGUGGUCAGACUGUGGAAGGACGGCUUCACCGUCAACGAUGGGGACUUUCGCAGUUACUCUGUACCGGAAAAUCAACUUUUUUUGGAUGCUAUUAAAAGAGGGGAGCUUCCGGCAGAAUGGGAAAGCAGAGCGGAGGAGGAGGAGCUGGAGAUCAGCAUGGAGGACUUCACGGAGGAGAACUACGUUCCGAAGAAGAAGGUUUUCCAUCCCUUCAGCGGCCGAGGAUACAGACUGGGCAGUGUUGCACCCAGAGUUGUGGCCAGGUCACCAUCUGUGCACGAGGAUGGAGAAUCUCCUCCUAUUCCCAUGGUAACGCUCAACCACUCCCUUCCCGUCACCUCUCUGCAGAUCUGGUUGGUGGACGGCAGGAGAUUGGUGCAGCGGUUCAACCUAUCGCAUCGGAUCCUUGAUGUUUACGACUUUGUGGCGCGCUGCCAGAGGAACUGCCCCCCGUUUACCCUGACCACAUCACUCCCCGCUCAAGAGCUCAGCGACAGAGAUUUGACCCUGGAAGAGGCGGAUUUGGCGCACGCCGUCAUCGUCCAGAGACCCCUGAACACAGAGCAUCCGUUUGGACACUCGUGACCACGUGCCACGCUUUCGGCGUUGCUCUGCAGUCCCUGCUGCGGCGGAUUGGUCACUAAGGUGCCUCUGAGGAGUUCACGCUGCCGUCGUUCCCUGGAAGAUGAAGUUAUUCUGCCAAAAAGAAUGCAAAGCAGUGAUGUCAACCAGCGCACGAUGGACUUUAGUCUGCAUCAUCUCCUCCCCUUAGCACAAUUCUGAAGUCUUCCCAAAAUGCGAUCAAAACGCUUCUGCACCGUUUGCAGUAAGAAAGAAUUUGCAGUUAAAAACUGUUGGUUUUUUUGCACGAUGUUUCAGAUCAGACUUCUGUACUGUCUGUAUGCAGACCAGCAUUUUGAAACGCGAUUUUAUUUCUUUUGUAAAUGUUGAGGAAUGGUGACGUUUGGUUUACUUUAUCUGCAAAUCACUGGAUAAUGCAAUAAAACUCAAAUCUGCUUGGAGGA